AUGGCUUCGUGGUGUGCAACGAAUCUCCGAGAUUGUAAGGCUUGGAUUGAUAUCGGCCUUCCAAUGACGACCACAUCCAACGAGGCUGCUCGGCUCUAUGAUGCUCUUCUUCGGCAAUAUGUAUCCUGGAGUGAUUGCGAGUUACUCGGCGGUGUCGACACUACUAUUGAUGCCCUAAAAAAAGCAGACCCAGAUUGCGUAAUGGGUAGAGUACUGACGCUGGGUCUUGAAGCAAUGGGAACGGGGCGAUCAACUGCUUUAGAUGAAGAGUACGCGAGUGAUUUAGCGAGAUUAUUGGAAGACGCGAAUAAGUUCGGCAACGAACGCGAAAAAAUGCAUGUGAAAGCUCUGAAUCUAUUCACUAGCGGUGAGAUGAAGCAAGCAUGCGUUGAAUGGGAACGAAUAUUGCGUGAUGCUCCGACAGACCUACUCGCCCUAAAGUUUGCCCAUGAUGCUUAUUUCUAUUUGGGUGAUCGUUACGCGAUUCGGGAUAGCGUUGCUCGCGUGCUACCGCAUUGGAAUGCUACUAUGCCAUGCUACAGCUAUCUGUAUGGAAUGUACGCGUUUGGUUUAGAGGAAUGCGAAGAAUAUGGGCAAGCUGAACAAGAAGCAAUAAAAGAUGCAUGGGCAACACACGCUCGGGCACACUGCAUGGAGAUGAAUGGACGUUUCGACGAAGGAAUUGCUUUCAUGGAGAGUACCGUACAGGAUUGGAGUCCAUGUUUCAUGAUCGCAUGCCACAACUACUGGCAUACGGCACUGUUCUAUUUGGAAAAGGCAGAUUACGAAACGGUUUUGACGUUAUAUGAUAACGAAAUCGGAAAACGCUCAACGUCGAGUGGCGCAAUGCUGGAUACUGUUGAUGCUGCAUCGCUACUGUUUCGACUCCAAAUGGAAGGAGUUCAAGUGGAAAAGAGACGAUGGACGGCAUUGUUGCCUAUUGUUGAAGCACAUAUUGAUGGUUAUGGAUUUCAGAUGUUUCUUCAGAAGAAUUUCAUUGAAUACCGAAUGCAGAUGUUUUCUUAUGAUCGACAAGGCGACAAUCAUCGAGUAAUGCGUCAAGUGGGUGAUUCCGUCUUAGAGGCGAUUUCAUCCUAUUGUAAAGGCGAUUUUAAACAAGUGAUUCAACAUCUUGCUCCGACACGGCAGAAGCUUUUCGAACUUGGCGGUAGUACAGCUCAGCGAGACGUGUUCGCUCAACUGCUUAUACAGAGUUGUCUGCGAUCUCCAGAUAUCAAUGAUCGAAAACUGGCAAGGUGA